AUGUUUUCCAAAGACAUAGAUAUAAAAAAUAAAUGUCCUCAGGGAAGGAGUACCGGUACCUGCCAGGAUGAUCAAUCUAUACAGGCAGAUAAGGGAACUCUUCCAGAUGAUGCUACAGAUUAUGGAUAUGUUACCCACAGUUCCCUUGGAAAAAGGAUAGGAAUGCUUACCUACGGUGGAAGGUCCCUUGAGAUAGAAGAUGGUAAAAGAACUACAUUUUCCACAAAGUAUCAUAAUCUAGAGAAAGUAACUACAUAUUACUAUACAAAAGGUACAGAUAACAAGGAUGAAAUUAAGGUGCCCCUUGUCCUCAGGGUUCGUAACAAAGGAGGUGCGUAUCACUUGUACUUCAACAUAGGUGGAGACAAUAUAAAAUGGAAGUGGAUCCCCCUACACAAUAGUCUUGUAAUUCCAGCAGGCGAUAGAACAACUCAGGAACUGACUAACACAUUGGUUGUUCAGACGUGUAGACUUCACAUACUCCAUAAAAUUGAUAUAUGUAAGGGAGAUAAUGGUAAUAAGCUGUACACAUGCCCUGCUUGUGGCAAGGCUAGACUAUGGUCAGAUGCAGAGAAAUAUGGGAAACCCAUUGACUGUUACAGAAAAUUUUGUCAUACUCUACUAGACGAUGGUAAUGGUAGGGUAACCUAUCCAGUUACCUAUGGAAAUGAUCUUAUUAGCUACCAAGAAUAUAAUGGCAAAAUAUGGAAGUCCCUUUCAGUUAGUAAAAGUGACUGUAGUAGUGUCUCAGUAUAUUAUUGGAUAGGAGAUGAAAAUCUUGACAACCCACUAUUAAUGGAAGUUAAACGCACCGGUGGAGGUGGUUCUGAUUGGUAUGAGAAUAUAGGGGAUUAUGGUGGAAAGCAUUAUAGAUGGAUAAAGUUGGAACCAGGUGAGAUUGCUAGUUUCUCCAAUUAUGGAAAAGAACUUGAGAAAAAACUUGACUUGCUUAGCUGUGUAUUUAAUGGAGCUGUUAAGAUUAGGUUGGGAUUAUCUUCAAAUUGCCACAAUUCUCCUGAUCCUAGACACAAUAAUAGGAUAAGCACUCAUCAUGAUGGCACUGUGAACAAACACCUUUCCAUUUCAGCUUAUAUAUAUAAACAUAAUAAGAUUUAUGAGAAUAAACCAUUUUCGGUUGCAGAGAUCCUACUCAAAGAUCAUAGGCAGAUAUUUUCUGAUAAUACCAAAUUCUUUAAAAAUAUUAAGAGGCUUAUUGCCUAUGCAUCAUCUUGUGACCCCUCUCAGCCGUUCCUACUUUGCAUAGAAACGGAAAGUAACAAUGAAAAGUAUAACUGGUAUCAGAAAACCAAGCUAGGGAAUGAGUGGAAUGAAUAUUCCAGACUCAGUAACAAGCCUCCUGAUACUGUUAAGGACCAACUUGGACAGAUUUUCUCAGAUUCCGUGAAAACUCUGGGUAUAAAACAAUGUCCUCCUCCAAAACUUCCUCCAAGUGGUCUUCAGAUAAAUAUAACAGAACAACCGAAGGAUAAUACACUUAAUGGUAUAUACGAAGUUGGCUUAGGUAAUGAUAAGACUCUCAUUCUUGUUGCUAAGGACACUAGCAAACUUCCACAUGGAUUAUUCAGAGUUAUUCAUGGUACAACUUCAGAUAAGGACUCCUUUACGCUAAAUAAAAAACUUAGGAAUGGAGAGGCAAUAAAAACAUCUACAGUAUCAGGGAAACCCAUAAAAAAUGUUAAGGAAGUAACAGUAUACUUCUGGAACGGCAAUCUCAAUGAGCCAAUUCUAAUUGGAAUUACAACUGAGCACGGUGAUCCCAAAACAAAGUACUAUAGUAAAGGUAGGGAUUGGAUACAUUCAGGUAAUGAAAAUAAUUCACUUGAAUACCUACUAGAUUGGAGAAACUACCAAAGGAACAAUGCUAUUCCGAUUAAUCUCAGAAACCCUGAAGACCCUUCUCAGAUUUAUACUGAUGGUAAAGCACCUCCAUGUGCAAGGAUCACAAGUUCUGGUUCUUCUCUACGUAUCCUCCUUCCUGGUACGAACUACACUGUUAAGGGAUACACUGUUAAAGGUGGUGCUAAAAUUUCCAGAGCCACAUUUGAUAAAAAAGAUACUGACAUAAUUCUUCCUACAUACCUGAUAACUGGAAUUAGAAUAUAUAAAUGGAAUGAAGAUCCUGAAAAUAUACCUCUUCUAGUUGAGUUCAUUAGUGAUGGCAACUUUACCUGGUUUGAGAAUCUUGACAAAGAUAGUCUUAACUGGAUGAAGGUUGUAAAGGAUGAGGCUACUAAGUUUUACCAGAAUGUGUCUCCUCUACAAGGUGGUUAUACCAAUGAACUUACAGAUAAACUCUAUCAAGUUAGCUGCAGAGUUCAUCGUAGUGUUAGCAUAGAUAUCUCAAAAGGAGAUAGGAAGCUGUAUUGUCAUGAGAGAUGUAAACCCAGGUAUAGGAUAAAGGUUGAGAAGAGUGCUAGUAGCUUAUUCGAGGGAUAUAUAGAAUGUGAACAUGCCUCUGCAAUCCAGGGGCAGAAGACAUUUACAGUGACUUCCAUAAAUAAAGACGGUAUUGAGCAAACAACAGGUCUUAAAUUCCCUCUCAGGAAUGUUGAAAAAAUUACUGUCUAUUUUCCAGUAUGCGACCAAAAUACACCCGUUAUGAUAUAUAUAAACCAUGGCGUUACAGAUGGUAACUGUGAUGGAGCUAGCAAGUGGCUUGUAAGAGAACGUGGAAACCGGAACUGGACUGAUGUUAGCGAUAAAAUCCCAGAAAUCAAAGCAGAUAAUGGAGAUACUAUAAAAGAAGCCAUUGAGGAUAUUCUAGAGGGUGUCAAAAGUGAUCUAGGAUUAUGCCAAGAACUAGAAUCACAACUAUUACGUACUGAUUUUACUAUUGCUUCUGUUCAAGGUGCUUCUGAAGUACCAGGACUAAUAUCUGGAGACCAAGAAUCUGAGGAUGAGGACAAUAGUUAUCUUAAAAAUAUACUCCAAAACAUAUCUAGAGGAGGUUUCGAUAUUGAUGACAGCCAAUAUUUAUCUCUACCUACUCUUAUUUCUUCCACUCAACCUCCUCUAGCUCAAUCUCGAAUCUCAGCCCCUUCUGACAGAUCUCAUGACCGAGACUCUGAUAUAACGAUUCCUGCCAUUAUCGCUUCUUCUGUUCUUGUAUCUUCAGGAUCCCUAACCGGGUUUGCUUAUUGGGUCUACCAACGCUUUAAUGGUGAACCAUGGGUUCGGCAGAUAUGA